AUGGAUGCAAAUAAGAUCGGGGUUACAUUUGCAGAUAUUGGUGGUUUGGAUGAUAUUAAGAAAAUGCUUAAAGAAGUGGUUCUAAAUCAUUGUGAUGGUGUAUUGUUUUACGGACCUACUGGUACAGGAAAAACAAUGCUUGCAAAGGCAAUUGCAAAUGAAAUUGGAGCAAGUUUAAUUCAUGUCUCAAAAUCCAUCAUCACUUCACGGUGGUAUAAUAAGCAAGAGGUAAUGAAUGUCCGAGCUAUGUUUACAGUAGAAGCAAAGGUUGCCCCAUCUAUUAUUUUUGUUGAUGAGGUUGAUAGCAUCCUUGGGCAAAACCUGCUGAUCAAAGCAGGACAAAUAAUUCCUAAUGAUGAGGCAAUGAUGAAGAUUAUAAAUGAAUUCAUUUUGCAAUGGGAUGAGCUAAUGACUAAACCUGGUAAUCAAAUUUUGAUUCUUACUGCAACCAAUAGACCAUUUUACCUUGAUGAAGCAAUUAUAAGAUGGUUUGAACGCAGGUAG